CAGGUAACGUCACGUGUUCAUUCACGUUUAACGACACGUGAUGAGAAGCUCGCACCUGUGCUGCUCAGCGCGUCCCCGCGGAGGACGAGGACGCGGUCACACGCACCAGACUCCUUUAUUAUUAUAACCUGGUGCAGAGACCAGUACCCCCCCGUCCCCGUCCCAUGUCUGAGCUGUGGGCCUGAAGCUAGGCUGAAGGUUGGACCUGUCCAAUGACCUGCCAGUCCUCCGAGUCCACAGACACCAUCGAGAGCGACAGACGAGCCGACAACACCUCCAGGUCUGUGGAUUCAGACGAGAGCCGCGUCGCCUUGGCCGUGAAGGAGCUGAGGAGCACAGGCUGGUACUGGGGCGGUCUGACGGCGAACGAGGCCAAAGAGAUCCUGCAGGACUCGUCUGAGGGGACGUUCCUGGUGCGGGACAGCUCCCAACGGGACUUCCUGUUCACCAUCUCGGCCAUGACGUCGGCGGGUCCCACCAACCUGCGGAUCGAGUUCAAACACGGGAAGUUCAAGCUGGACUCGGUGGUUCUGGUGAAGCCCAAGCUGAAGCAGUUCGACAGCGUGGUCCACCUGGUGGAGCACUACGUCCACCUGUCCCGGACCGGGGACAAGGCGGCAUCGGACCCCUGUCCCUCGGCGUCGGCGGCGCCCAACGGCACGGUGCAGCUGCUGCUCACCAGACCGGCGUACGUCGCCACGCCGCCGCUGCAGCACCUCUGUCGCAUCGCCAUCAACCGGCGGACUCGGCGGGUCCAGGACCUGCCGCUCCCCAACAGACUGAAGGACUACCUGACGGACUACAGCUACAACGUGUAGACUACAACUCCCAGCAUGCACUGCUCCCACAGGAACCCCAGGGGAACUAACAGGAAGUCUGGGUCCCGUCAAUGUCCCUGAGGUACUCCUGAAGUACUCGUACUAGUUACUAGUCAGUACUGUAGUACUCUGCAGUGAGUACUUGUACCUUUUUAAACGUCCACAAACUGCAGUGACACCCAGAGACGCUGCUGAUGAGAGAAACUAGAGCUGCGUUCAGACGGGCUGCUCACCGAUCAAUACUAUUGAUUGAUUGUGUCGUCUAAAUGUUUUAACGUCUUCAAAUGCCUCGUUUGUCCCAAAAAUAUCAAAUCAUCGAAUCUUCUCAAUGGAGAAACUGGAAACGUCAGAUCUGUGAUCAUAAAAACUGUUUCAGAUGCAUUUCCUGUCGAUUAAUUUAUUGAUUAAACAAUCUCUGAGGAAGAUCUCUGAGGAAGAUCUCUGAGGAAGAUCUCUGAGGAAGAUCUCCAUCUCUGAGGAAGAUCUCUGAGGAAGAUCCCAUGGAGAUUUGAGGCCAUUGAUCUUAAUAUUUCUACAUAGAGUUUCAGUUUCAUGACUGAUGGUUGGUUUCAUGUUGAUGCAACGUUUGUUUUGAAGAUCAGAGUCACAGAAAACAUCUGCUGAAUGUUAAAGUGAUAUUUAACGUUUGAUUGGUCGGUUGGUUAAAUCACAUGUUGACAGUCGUAGUUUUUUAGAAGUAAAAGUACCUUCAUGUUACAUCAAAGUACUGCAGGUUAAACUUUAAACAUCAAGAAACACAAACAAAUUAUUGAUUCAUAGAAUAAAGUUCUAUUAUUACAAAACUCAGUAAACAAAAAACCAAAAAGCAGCUGAGGCUUCACGUUCCCCACAGCGAAGGUUUAAACCUUAGGUCAUCAUCAUCAUCAUCAUCACCAUCAUCAUCAUCUCCAGAGGAGGCCUCUAAUUGGCCGACAGUCGACCGUGUUCAGUCGGGGCAAACGUUAGUGACAACAAACAGACGUCACAGUUUGACCUGUUGGACUUUUCCUGUGUGCCUGAGGACCAAUCAGAUCACAGGAAAACAAAUUAAGUCAACUCAACACAAGUCGUGUUCCAACGUUUUGUCCGACUUUCCCAGUUGUUGUUGCGACUUUAGGGGGAGUUCACCUGAAUUAUCCCAGACAGAAACUCUGUUUUUGGAUUGUUCCUGAAAGCAGCACUAAUUCUCAGUCCAAACACACAGAAAGCAGACCUGAUGACUCACCUGGUUGAGAUGUUUUAUCGAGACCGCAAACCAGACUCCAUUUAAAAAAAGCAUGUUUUUAGGAUUCCUAAAAAUGUAGGAUUUAUUUGGUCGAUCAGGUAGACCUUUAUUUCCUCAACACUUAAUAAUGUGAUUUGUAACUACAGCUCUAUGAGUUUCCUAUAUUCCUAUAUCAUAUGUAUCAUUUUAAAUAUUUCUGAUUUAACUGAACGUCUGAUGGUUUCUGUGACUCAGAACAAACAUGGAGGAUCAGUUUGAACCAUGUUGUGUCCUCAUGUUUGGUCUCUGUGUGGACUCAUGUCUCAUAACGUCUCAUAACGUCUCUUCAUGUCUCAUAAUGUCUCAUAACGUCUCUUCAUGUUUCUUCGUGUCUUAUAGUCUCAUGUCUCAUAACAUCUCAUCAUGUCUCAUAACGUCUCAUCAUGUUUCUUCGUGUCUUAUAG